UAAACACCCAGCCGGCUGCUGACAGGACUGAGCGUUGAGCGCACACACGGAUAAAUUACAUAUUUAAACAGCGGGGCGGUGGCUCUGCAGUCUGUAGGCUAAAAAGAAGAAAAAAAAUCAUUGUUGAUGUUGCUUCUUUUAAAAACCGGUAGUAUUUACUAGUGCCGGUAUUUAAACCACUGGGCUGUUGUCUAUAGACGCACUUGCCAGCAGCCGUAAAACUCUGAGUUUCGGUUUCCUGGGCUUCGGUUAUCGUUCACAGAACAACGACAGACUAGGGCUACAGUAUAUCACAGGAUAACUACAGGCUAGAGUCAUGGCUUCAAGGAGCGAGAUCCGUGAGCUCGAGUGUGUGAUCUGUGCGGAAUUAUUUACAGAUCCGACCACGAUAUGCUGCGGACACAGUUAUUGUAUGGAGUGUAUAAUGACGUUCCGUCAGUCCAAAACCAACAAAUACAACAAAUACAGCUGUCCAAUAUGCAAGGACCCACUUGGGAAGGAACCCGAACUCAAGAAGAACACUACACUGUGCGCCUUAGUCGAGUUAUCCAAAACCGCAGAACCGAAGCAGCCUCUGAGUCCUACCGCCUCCGAGGAUGGGACCCACCACUCCCAGUGCGACAUCUGCAACCCAGAGAGGGCUACGGCGACGUGUCUGACCAGCAACAUGUCGUAUUGCUGCAAGCACGUUGAAACGCACUACGAAAAUGGACAUUUAAAAAGCCACAAACUCGCCAGUGCGGUUAAAACCUGCACGAAAGUGUGCAGCAAGCACCGGAAUGUCAUCGAGUUUGUGUGCAAAACAGACGGUGAAUAUCUGUGCGUGGAUUGCGUGGCUGCGCAUCCCGCGUGUAGUUACAGCAGUGUGCACGGAGAGUUUGACAAAAAGAAAGAGACCCUGAAAACAAAGCUGGAGUCGGUGACAUCAGCCAUCCAAACAACAGAGGAGAACCUGGCAAAGCGAAGCAAAGAAAAACGCGAGAUCGAGGAAUCUGCUGCAAGGAUAAACGAGUCACUCAGCAGAGAGUUUGCAGAAUUAAGACAGGUUUUGGAGGAGAGAGAGAAGGCGGCGCUGAGUGCCGUCCGUAGCAGUCAGAAGGCGGCGAGCAGCCGGGUGUCACAGAUCAUUCACGGUCUGAGCUCAGCCCGGGACGCCCUGCAGAGAAAGAAGAGCGAGCUGGAGCUGGUGAAUGUGACAGACUGGUUUGAAUUUCUGAGGACUGAUCUGCCCGAGACUGAAGAGAGUUCCCUUGCUGUGGAUGAAGAGAGCACAGCUCUGAUCCAGGAGCAGGGGUCUGCAGUGAAGGAUGCCAUCGCUGACCUCAAGGACGACGUUCAGUCUAAACUGGACAACGCCAUAAAGGCCAUAAAGCAAACACAAACAGAAGAAAUUACAGAAGCUGUUCCAGAAUCGGAAGCUGCAGAACCUGAAAAUGAUACUGCCCCAAAAAGAUCGGCUGAACUUAUCCAGUGUCUUGCCAACCUCACCUUUGACCCAAACACAGCCCAUAAGCACCUGGCACUGUCAGAAGGAAACCGGAGAGUGACGGUGAAGCGGAAUAACCGGAGCGUUCCAUACAUGCAGGAGCGCUUCACAAUUAGCCAGGUCAUGGCUUCCACAGGCUUCUCUGAGGGCUGCCACUACUGGGAGGUGAACACCCGCCUCAGCAAAGGCUGGGCCAUCGGGAUAGCCUACCAGCGGCUGGGACGCGCAGACACACUGGGGAGGAACGCCCUCUCGUGGUGCGUGGAGUGGAGCAGGUCACGCUUCUCCGCCUGGCACGGCAGUGUGGAAGUGAGGCUCCCUCAGGGGGAGCUCUCUGGGAUAGGGGUGCACUUGAAGUGUGACGAGGGCAAGGUGUCGUUCUACGCCGUGUCCGAGACCCUCCUGCACACCUUUGAUGUGCAGUUUAGCGAGCCAGUAUUUCCAGUGUUUUGGUUGUUUGGGCUGGAUAAGGGUAAUUCUUUGUCUUUUGUGGAGCUGUAGUAAGGGAAGGACUCUGGUGGAAGAAGUCUGUAUAAUAUGUGUGUGAAUUUAUAACCUGAUGUCUUUCAAAUGCAAUAAAUUAAAUAAACCCAAAACACUCAUCUUAAACAUGUGGUUUAUUUAAAUUUUACUUUCACCCUUUAAGUUAUAAGUUGCCUUGAAUUUUGUUUUCAAGACUUCAGUGACUUCAAUGAUUCCCAUACAAAGGUCAUUUGAGCA